AAUUAGGGAUUGAAUUUGCGAUGAGAGUGAGCAAUGAGGCGGAGGCGCUGUUCCGGACGAAAGGAAUCAGCGAGAUCCGAAAUGUGGAAUCGGCGACGCGUUUGCAGAUCCAAGCGAAGAAGGAGGAGCUCCGUCAACUGGUGGGCACACGGUACCGUGACCUCAUCGACUCGGCCGACUCCAUCGUCCUGAUGAAGCGGUCCUCCCUCUCCAUCUCCCGAAACCUCUCCUCCGUCCACCACUCCAUCCUCUCUCUUUCGCGUUCCCAUGAUGAGGAAUCUAAGCCCUCCGAUGGCGAUGGCUCUAAUGGCAAUGGCAUCUACGCCGUCGCCUGCCGCGUCAAGUACCUGGUGGACACCCCGGAGAACAUAUGGGGCUGCCUCGACGAGUCCAUGUUCCUCGAGUCCGCCGCCCGCUACGUCCGUGCCCGCCACGUCCACUCCACUCUCACCACCCUCCAUAACUCCUUCCUCUCUCCCUUCCCUCUCCUCCACCACCAAUGGCAGAUCGUCGACACCUUCAAGUCCCAGAUCUCCCAGCGCUCCCGCGACCUCCUCUCCGACCACCGCCUCUCCCACCUCCCCGUCUCCUCCUUCGCCGACGCCUUGGCCGCCCUCGCUCUCAUCGACGACCUCUCCCCCCGCCACGUCCUCUCCCUCUUCCUCCACACCCGCAAGGCCUGGCUCUCCCACAUUCUCAACGCCGCCGCCGAUGACGACGUCGUCUCCGUGCUCUGCCAGGCCCUCAGGGUCAUUCAGCUCACUGUGGGCCAGGUCGGGGAACUCUUUCUCCGUGUUUUCAACGACAUGCCUCUCUUUUACAAGGUCGUCUUGGCCUGCCCUCCUGCGUCCCAACUCUUUGGCGGCAUUCCCAACCCCGAUGAGGAGGUCAAGCUGUGGAACUCCUUCAGGGACAACUUGGAGUCCGCCAUGGGAAUACUCGACAAAGACUACAUCGCCGCUGCUUCUUCUUCAUGGCUUAGCCACUGCGGAGCUCAGAUGCUCCACCAGAUUAAUGGCAGGUAUCUCAUCGAUGCUAUUGCCAGCGGCAAAGAGCUUGCCGCUGCUGAGAGCUUGAUAAGGGAGACUAUGAACAGCAAAGAGGUCCUAGAAGGGAGCUUGGAGUGGCUCAAGAAAGUUUUCGGCUCCCAAAUUGACCUGCCAUGGAGUCGAAUGAGUGAACUUGUUCUGGGAGAUGAUUCCGACCUCUGGGACAGUAUCUUUGAGAGUGGAUUUGUUGGGAGGAUGAAGGUGAUUGUGGACUCCCGGUUUGACAAGCUCAAGACGGCUGCCAGUAUUAAUCAUGGCCAGGCCGUUGAUUUCCUAGGGGCAGGUGGUGGAGUUUGGUUCUUAGAAUCCAAAUCAAACAAUAAGAAGGCUGGUUCUCUGCCAUGUGAAGAGAAUUGUCUCAAUUUCUACUUUGGUCCUCAAGUUAGCGAUAUUAGGGAUGCGGUGGACAGCAGCUGUCAGGAUGUGCUUGAUGACCUCCUCUCUUUUCUGGAGUCUCCAAAGGCAGCUGUUAGAUUAAAGAAUCUGGUGCCCUAUUUACAAGACAAGUGUUUCCAAACUGUAUCCCUCAUAUUGGAGCAACUGAGUAGUGAACUUGAUAAUUUGGAAAAGGGCAGCAACAAGCACAAGCUGGUAACCGUCGAAAGGGCUCUUUUCAUCGGUAGACUCUUGUUUGCGUUGCAGAAUCACUCCAAACACAUUCCCUUAGUACUUGGCCCACCAAGGUCUUGGGUGAAUGAAGCUGAGUCUACAGUUUUUGACAAAUUACCAUCCUUACUGAGACAGUCAAGAGCACCCACCGAUUCUCAUGUGCUUGAUAGCCCCCUCAGCACUAAAAGACACACUUCAUCUGCUACUGCCGCACUGCUUGGAGCCAGUCAAAGUGCAAGCCCUAAACUUGAAGAGCUUAAUGUAACUAUGCGAAAUCUCCGAAUUAGAGCACAUGCUUUCUGGAUGACUUGGCUAUCUGAUGAGCUCUCAGUUAUACUUUCCCGUGAUCUAGAAAAGGACAAUGCUUUGUCAUCCUCAACUCCCCUGAGGGGUUGGGAAGAGACAGUAGUUAGGCAAGAACAGUCUGAUGAUGACCAAUCAGAGAUGAAAAUAUGGCUCCCAUCCAUGCCUUCUCUCUACAUUGUUUCGUUUCUGUUUCGUGUAUGUGAAGAAGUUCACCGGAUAGGAGGUCAUGUUCUUGACAAAAUAAUUUUGCAAAAAUUUGCGUUAAGACUAUUAGAAAAGGUUCUUGGCAUUUAUGGCGACUUCCUUUCAAAUCUAGAUGCUGGUGGGUCUCAAGUGUCAGAAAAAGGAGUCUUGCAGAUUUUGUUGGACUUGAGAUUUGUUUUUGAUGUCCUCUCUGGGGGUGAUUCUAAUUUAAAUGAGGAGCGGAAGACAAAGAGUACUUUCAGAAGGAAGCAGGACCAAAGCCGUAUGAAGUCAGCUACUGGAGAGCGAUUUGAUGGGUUGAUACAUAGAUUUUCACAAAGAUUGGAUCCCAUAGACUGGCUAACGUAUGAGCCAUAUCUCUGGGAAAAUGAGAAGCAGUCCUACCUCCGGCAUGCCGUCCUUUUUGGAUUCUUUGUGCAACUUAAUCGCAUGUACACAGACACUGUUCAAAAACUUCCUACUAAUUCAGAGUCCAAUGUCAUGAGAUGCUCUUCAGUUCCUCGCUUUAAGUACCUUCCAAUCAGUGCCCCAGCAUUGUCUUCAAGAGGAACAGCUGCUAAGAAAUCCAUUGCAACAUCUUCUGAUGAUAUUUCUUCAAGAAGUACCUGGAAAGCUUAUACAAAUGGAGAGCUGUCCAGAAGUAUGGAUUUGGAUGAUAACUCAAGUUUUGGGGUUGCAGUACCAAUCUUAAAAUCUUUUAUGCAGGCUGGAAGUAGAUUUGGAGAGAGCACAAUGAAACUGGGAUCCAUGCUAACAGAUGGGCAAGUGGGAAUAUUCAAGGAUAGAUCCAUGUCGACAUUUGGUGACAUUCUACCUGCCCAUGCUGCAGGUCUCCUUUCAUCAUUCACAGCUUCCAGAUCAGAGUCUUGAUUGCGUUCAGAACCCUUCUGUCCGUGUUCUUUUCACCAGAUAUUUGUAAUCUUUCAUUGUCAAGAGAAGAGUGGAAUCUCACCAAGCAUGUGAUUACGGUGCAGUAUUUGCGGUGCCCAUAUAGAAACUGGUACAAAAAGGCUGGUGAACAGAGGGACUUGGGAGACACUGAAUACCAUCUCGAACACAGAUUGAGGAUGUGUGCUAAUGCAUGUUCAGAUUCAAUUGUAGAUUUUGUAACUAAUUAAUGUUUGGUAGGUGCUUCACUACAACAAGAUUGCAAACAACUGAGGUCAAGCAAAGAAUUAAAAUGGAGUUUUGAAAGAAUUGGAAGGAUGGAAUGGGGAUAAAAAAAACUUUUGUAAAUAGAAACUGAGUAUGAAUGUAUGGCCUUUACUGGUUUGUUUUUUUGAUGGAAAAGUUUUUUUCCUUGGAACAUACGGUAGAAGUUUGUUUUGGUCAUAAAAAAAUAUGAAUGUAUUUAAUUGAAUGAAAAAUUAAUUAAUGGUAAUAAAAAUUGGGUGAAGUAUCUUAA